AUGAAAUCGGGGGAACUUUAUUUGAAGCGAGAGGAGCCAUCUAAGCCUCGAAACAAAAGGGAGUAUAGCAAAGGUGGUUGUCGUGAAUGUAAACGAAGGAAGAUAAAAUGCUCGGAGGAAAAACCUCAGUGCUGGCAAUGUAAGAGAUUAGACAAGGAAUGCUCAUACCCAGAAGUUGGUGAACGAGUUCCUCGUGUAUCAAAGAAGCUACUAGAAAUUCAACCCAUCGUUACUGAGAUCAAGGAACAAAAGCCGUUCACUAUUCAGCAAUACUCACCUAAAAGUAAUGGGAAGAAGAUAAAAAAGCACCGAAAUUCAUCUUCGAGCAGUAAGCAUAGUUCCACAUCUUCAUCUCCUGUGUUAAAUGAAAAUAAGUCUGAUUCAUCUGCUGCAUCUACACAUGUGUCUGAACUGAGUCACCCGUCAACGUUAAAAAACAAGAAUUCUAUAAGCUUCCCACCAAGGUAUACCCCCUCGUCAAUUGUAAACUUGCUCAACGACUCAAAUGUUCCCAUUGCGCCGGAUAAUGGAUCAUUAGCGAAGCAGAGAAUUUCCACCGCACCAUCACCCAUAAAUCCACAUCGCCCUGUUAUUCCACCGAUAUCUGCACAGGGUUUCCAAUCACCACAGGUACCCAUAUACCAAUCACAGAAUUCACCCGACUUGAGUCAAGUUCCCAGGCCACUAGGGACCAAUGGACUUUUGAUGAAUAGUGAUUAUCAGUUUUAUAAUAGGGAUGACUUGAACGUUUUAGCUUCAGACUUGAACAAUCUCGUUAAUAACAUAAUGUUCGAGUCAACUGACAGUAAGCUGCAUGAAAUGUACAAUUUUGAUCCAAGUUUCAGCAGUGCUAUAGAUAGGAAUGAGCCGACUUUCAAUGGCUCGCAUCUGCCUGAAAAGGUACCUCCUAGAGAGAUAGUACUUCGAGAUAUUCCAUUUGACUUUAUUCCUGUUUCAAACGAACGUGAGAAAUUGUAUCUCAAGGAAUUCUAUGACGAUUUUUCAAAUAUAAUACUUCCAUUUGCCUCAUAUGAUGAAAAUUUGAAAACGUAUUUCAAUCCGGCAAGAGAUAUUUUAUUGCAAUGCGCUUCAAAUGAAUCAUUUUUAUUAGCAGCAAUUUUGGCUCAAGGUGCUAAAAUUGUAUCGCAUAAAAGGAACUUGCCGCAAGACGAAGAGGCUUAUGUUACAUAUUUAUCAAAAUGUUUAAAACUCUUGGGUCCUGCAAUCAGUACUGAUUUUGGGAAGAUGGAAAAGGCAAAGUUGACGUCUAAUAUAGAGGCCGUUCUACUUACCGUGUUAUUGCUAACCACAGCUAAUGCGGCAAAUAUAAAGCAAGACUGGAGACCUCACUUGAGAGGUGCAAAAGAUCUAUUAUUGAGAAAUACCUCUUCCAAAAAGCAGAAUUCUAAGAUUCUAAUUUUUUGUAAAUUUUGGUUUGUUACGUUUGAGGUUUUGGCAAGUAUAAGUUCGAAAUUGGGCGGGACGUUAAAGUCGGAGGCUGAGAUAGACUUAUUGGUAAAUCCCGGUACAGAGUAUGAAGUUGAGGUAUUGAAAGAAUUAGGAAUUGUAAAGAGUAAUGGCUUCAAUAUUUUAGGUGGAUACCAUCACUCAAGUAUUGCUGCAAUAAGAGAUUUAAUUAAGAUAUUGAAUAAGUUGAAUUCAAAUGACAUGAUUUAUGAACCGGAGAAUUGUUUCGAAUGUCUAAGCACUCUUUCAGAAUUUUACAAACAAUCUCAAAUUGAAUUUAUAAAUCGAAAAUGCUUAUUGACUCCUCAAGAUUUUCCUGAUAAUAAGGUUCCAAGUGGCUCAUUACUUGACAGGGUUAAAAUAAAAGAUGAAAAUUAUAUAAUAAGUUGGAUGGACUGCUCCCACCAAGCUUAUACAAUAGCAUCGAUUUUGACAAUUCUUGUAAAAUGCCUUCAGGUACCAUAUACCUCUUCGCAAGUACAAUGUUUGACUAAAACUUUGACACAUUUGAUUUCCUUUUUAAAGGAUUCCACUGAAGCUCCACAGCAAAUAUUCAACUGCUCAAUGAUGAUGUUGCAAUGGCCCAUGUUUAUCGCAGCGUUAAACUGUAUCCAGGAAGAGGAUAAGCUGUUAUUUUUAACAUUUUUUAAAAUUUCUUCCCAAAUUGGAUCAGCUAGUGCUUCUUUUUCGUUGAAGAGAGUAAUAAAAGUUUGGGAACACCAUAAAAAUGGGGAUACCAUUCCAGAUGACGAUGAUAAUAUCGAUAUUGUUGCCUACUAG